UAACGAUAAAUAUUUGAAUAUCGAAAUAUUUGCUUUAAUGUAAAAGCAAAAUCAGCCAAUAAGACGGCGAGUUGCGGUUGUUAUGGGCUACGCAUUCGCCCAAUAGGAGCGCGUGUUGUUGAGCCGCUGAGUUGAUGAGUGCGGCGUCUUUGGAUACCAAGAAAAACCUCCUCAUCUCUAAGGUAAAGGCUGUGAUUUUUCUGCCCUCAAAAAGCUUCAGAAUGUCCGCGGGCUCCAUUGUGGCUCCAUUCAUUAUUCCCAUUCGGAUUCCAGCACCUGGAAAAGCCAAGCAUGAAAUUGACAACAAUACACCAGUUGAGAUCAAGUCAGACACACCCGGUGUGAGUAUUUUCUACACACUGGAUGGCACUAAACCGGAAUUGUUGCGGAGACCCGGGUUUGGAGACAACAGCACGAUGAGAUACACCGAGCCCAUUCGCUUACCCUGCGGCAAAGUACACGUCAGGGCCGUGGCUGUGACCAGCGACGGAAGACAGAGCGCCGUUGUAACGAAGGUCUUCGUCGUAACCGAAUGCGUGCUCCCCUCUGAGCUACGGGAGCCUUCAGAUGGAAAUCAAGAGGGUACCAUGAAGAGUUUGGAGCCGAACGACCCCGAACACGAGCAGGUGGACAGCGCCGGAUAUGUUUCUACGAAAUGUUUAGGGAUGUCUGCAGACGUCUCCAACAAAGAACCCCGGCGAGCUCGGAAAAGCCCUCGUUUCCUGUCCCAGCGCUUACAGAGCACAACUGUAGCUCCACCCACAAAAUCCCCACCGAGUGUAAGCGACCGUGAAGGCCUGCUCAAAAACCUGAACAGCACACAGAUAUCUCGGCUCCAGAGAGAAACCGAUUUCCUCAGGUGCUUUAAGUGUUUGAGCCACCGGCCCUCGGACCCCUUCGCCCGAUUCUGCCUGCAAUGUGGCACUCCGGUGCCUCCUAUCCCGGGACAGAGACUGCCCCCAACUGAGGGGGGACAGAUGAUCCUGUGUAUGCAGUGUAAAAGCAUGGUGCCGGCCAACACGUCAUCAUGUGUGGUUUGUGAGACUCCGAUUUCCCCACAGCUUCAACCACAGGCCAGCCUGAGGCUGCAGGGCAAGCUGAUCUGUCCAUCAUGUGGCACAGGAAACCCUGCUCAAAUCGCCUACUGUGUGACAUGUGAGACCAGAUUGUCUCAAGCCGACAGUCCUGUAUUAAGCGGACAGCGCGCUCCUCCUUUCCCCUCCCCAGAACAGAGGAUGGUUCCUUGCUCCAAAUGUAGAUUGAACCACACGGACGCUCGAUUCUGCGACUGGUGUGGUGCCAAGCCUGGCCACACAACCAAGUAUCUGACUUGUUCUAAAUGUGGUGCUAGCAGUCACCCGUAUGCUAACUUCUGUGGAAGCUGUGGUGUAUUCAUGGAAGGUCCACCUCGAGGGUCCACCUGUAGUGCACCUCAGAGUGCACCAGAAGGUGCACAGGAACCUAAACAGCACGCUCAAGCGGCGAACAUGACGAUGAGCGUGGACGUGCAGACCCAGACGACUGGCCUUUUCUACCCCUCCAGCACUGAACUGCAGAAGCGGAGCCAGCAAAAAGGGGCGGAGCUUAGCAAACAGGGCCAGAUGAGCGACAGGAAGCCUUUGCUCACGGCUAUCAGCCCUGGCCGAGGGUACUGGAGGAAGCAGCUGGACCACAUCUGCUCCCACCUGCGCAGCUACACGCAAAACAACAGCGAGUUCCGAGCGCUGGUUGGAGAACCACGGAUGGGCAGGAUGAUCUCCGCUGUGAUUGAAGAGGACGGCUACGAAGUCAGCCUGCGUGUCAACUUUGUCUUGGCGCCUCCGGACAGAUCGAGGUCAUCUCCAGCAGGGCAGCUGAACGGAUCGUUGCACGAGAAACUCAACCUCAGCGAUGUUACUGAAGGGAGGUCCAAGCUGACUAGCAGCCAGACCAGCCUGCGUACAUUGGGUGAGACCACAGCAUCCGGGCCGAGUGCUAGGAACCAGACAAAGAGCUUCAGUCCCCUGACAGCUGAGCAACUGCUUGAGUCCAAAGAUAGCCUGCUACUGAGGGAGGUGGGGCCGGGGGGCCGGGGCCGAAUCACUGUAGUGGAGCAGCUCUUGGAUGAGGGCGCUAACCCAUCGUGCCUGGACAGCGACGAGCGCCCACCUUUGGUUAUCGCCGUCUUAAACGGGCACCACGACGUCAUCCCUACGCUGGUGCAGAAAGGCGCAGACGUCGACCAGCUUUCCGGGCCGUUGAAUAACAGCGCCCUGCAUGAGGCUGCAGGUUUGGGCACCGAAGGCUUGAGGAGUGCAGAGAUCCUGCUCGGAUGCAACUCCAGUUUGAGGAGACUAAACAAACACGGUCAGACACCGCACAACGUGGCUGAGGCUACGGGCUGCAGCUCGAUGGUCUCGCUGUUAGCGGCUCACAGGAGUCGGAGCUCCUCCGGACUGGACGCGUUCUCUUAGGUAGACAGGAGUUCUGUCUCUGAUAUCAGACGGAGCAGGAAGCACCUGAAUACGACCCGAUUUGCGGCACAGAAAAGAUCCGGGAUGAUAUAAUUUCUGUAUAACGAUCACCAAAUCCGUUAUUUGGUUUUAAACACGACACGUUUUAGACUCAUUAUUCAAAUUUAUUUUAAGUUCCCUGUUUCCUUAUAGUUUGGACAUAAUUUCCUGAGAUGCGAAUGCAAAUAUCAGUUUUUAUAUAAAAAAAAAAAGUAAAAUAAAAUAAAAACCCUGAAUGAAUGUUAGAAUGACUGACAGCUGUGUGGGUGUCUGAUACUCCUGGAAGCCCCGCCCUCUUUCCUUGCCCCAUGUUAGGAAAGAUGUUGGUCGUAGAAGUAAGAAAACUAAAAUACUUUUAUGGUUAGAAGAAAAUAAACGAGAAGAGAUCCAUGUCUGAUUGGUCUGUGAUGGAAAAUUCCCUGCCAUCAGCAGGAAUUUAUUUUGUGCCCCCAAAAAUAUAUAUACAUUUCUAACUGUGGAAAACUUGUGGCUGUGAAUACAUUUGAACAUGUACACUUUUA